AUGGAUAUAAACACGUUGCUUCAACAAAAUCGAUUCUCAGUUUUUUCAUUAGGAGCCUUUUUAGGACCUGAUGUAACUGAGGAGCAACGCAUUGUAUCAGGAAAACAAGGGGAAAUCAUAUUUUCAUAUUUUAGCAUUAUUCCAAAUGAAUUUGAUGUACCUGAAUGUAGAUGUGGAAGACCGAUGUAUAGAGUCAUUGAUUCAAGUAGGAAAUUAGGCUAUAGGUUCAAAUGCGCGGAUGGCCAUAGAAUGAAUCCAACUAAAAAUACUUUUUUUGAAUAUGUUCAUGUUGCUGGAGAAUUAGGGAGAAUUAGGGUGCAAUAA